GGACAAGACGCGUCUUGCUUUGGACAAAGGGUAUACAAAACACACACACGCCUGUACAGUACGUCGAAUUAGGCUUCCCAUCAACCCAACCCUCCUCGAUCGACCCAAUGAUGGAGGAGGCGGCGGCUCGGGAUGUGACGCCGACGAGGCGGGGGGUCAAAGGUGUCGUGGCGAGCGAAAGUGGUGGCAGUCUGUUGGCGAGGAGCAGGCUCGUCAAGAGCUUGGACGACGACGAGGACGACGACGAGGGCGACGAGGCUUCUACGACACCCGUAAAGGGUGGCAAGGGCAACAGAAGUGGUGCGGGCCCCUCAGCUUCUCCAUUCAUGAGCACCUCCGACUCGGCAGGCUCUGCUUCAGAGAUGCUGGCAGCUUCACUAUCGGCUAUCAAGCUCGAAGACGACGACGACGACGACGACGACGAAGAUGAGAGUGAAGGCAGGCGGGGGGCGAGACGGGACACAGCCGGGGAGGAAGUUUCGGAAGAGAGUGCCAAUGACGGUCUAGCGCUCGUGGGAGAGGGCCUCGAAGCGAUCAGAGCGCAAAUCUUCGAGAUGCAGGAAAAGAGGCACAGAGACGUCUUUGCCAAAGUUGGCGAUCACGUCGAAGAAAGCAAGGGCGAAGGAGCCGACGAGGGUGGGCCCGAGACGCACGCAAGUGCGAUGGACAGGGCGAUGAUCAAGACGAACGGCCUGCUGGAGACAGUCUCGGAGCGAAUCAGGACAGUUGAUGGGCAGUUGACGAAGCUCGAGGAGCGAGAAAAGGCAGAGGGGGACGAAGAAGUAUGUGAUGAGUUUGGAGUCAGGAAGAAGCUGGGGCAUGGGAAGAGAGGCAGCGUAUCGAGCCUGUCCAGCCUAGGAAGCUUCGAUGAGGCCUUUUUCAGCCCUCCAGGGGGAGUGUCAGGUCUGCGAAAGCGGUUCCUCAACAUGCUCGAGGAUUGGGCCAAGUUGCAGCAGGAGGUCAAGGCUGCCGAGGAGGAGCUGAGUGCAGACAAGUACAUGGCAAUCUUUACCUCGAUCAGCUCCCAGACACAAGACAUUAUGGACAGUCUCGACAAGGCUCUGGCACAGUGCCACGACUUUGUCUUCACCUUCAAUCGAGACCGCGCGGGUGCGGCGCUCGGUGGUGUAGACAGCGACUGGGCGCCUGAAAUGAGGCUGGAGGAGCUCCGACGGAUCAAGAGAUCUUUUGACAUCAAGAAGCAGUCGUACGGACCCGCAUGCGAGUCCAUGUUCAGCGCAAUGGAGAGGGGAGUCAAGGAGCGAUCGGUCAAGAAUGGCUCCAUUUUGAGACAGUUCUCGGAGCUCAAGACGAGGUGGCGAUCUUUGAGGGAGAGGACGGCAAGGAUGGACAAAGAGCUCAAGAGGAUCGAAACGAGUCUGAUGCGUGAGGCUUCCAGUCCAGCCAGCUCAAAUUCACUCUCCCUUCACAACUCGCCUGCUGGGAGUCUGCACUCAUCGGCAGCUAGAGAGCAGAGUCACUUGGGCUACGGCGCUUCGCCUUCGCGGAAGCUGCUCCAGCCAAAGAGUCCUAAACGUAAUGCGAGCAACAUCAGCGGUACGUCGACAAUACGGACUCACGGGAUGCGAACCUCAUCGGCGUCUUCUGCCUCUCUCUCAUCUUCUUUGAAUCGGUCUCCCUCCGAAGCAAUCAACCUUGCAUCUCCAUCCUCGUCACCGCCCGUCAAGCCUCCCAAGAGCGUAUAUCGCAUGUCAAUGCUCGAUACAUCUUUGACCCAUGGAAAGGAGAACGCCAACACGACAGCGAAUCAUAGCCGAUCGUUGUCCACUGACGCAACCCGCGUUCAGCUCGGAGCCUUGCGAACGCCUCCGCGCGGCUCUUCUGUGGAUGCUCAAGCCUACCCUGCAACGACAUCAAAAAUACCGUCGUCAACAUCGAGCUCCUCGCUCGCUGAUCCGCUCGAAAAGUUUGGUUAUCCGGGCGAUCUUCGGCAGCCUUCGACUCGGUCGCCAAAGCAUCGGAUAAGAGCCCUUUCCCCAAAUCCACCGUCCAGCUGGCGGAGAUCGUCAGCGUCAACAUCUGUCAACGGUCAGACGACGCCCUUGAGGGGCAGAGACUCAUCUUCGACCUAUUCUGAAUCACAACCUCCAAAUGUGCCGGGCGACAGCCCCUCGACGCAAUUUGGUGAUGCCGAUUCCACGCCCGACGAGGUGCUCCUGGAUGAUGGCGUCCUCAGUUUUUCGCCUCCGCAGCAGCGGCCUCCGCGGCCAGCGUCCGUUGCUGGCAUGUUCUACCGGCCCCCAAGCGCGACGGGACGGUACACUGACAUGGACGAAGCUUCUACAAGAGGCUACGCCGAUGACCCUGCCGUCCCUGCGACAGGUCGAAGUCGAAUCCCUCGGCUAAGUGCCGGCCAACAAGAACGACCAGGUUCGUCCCUAUCGCAGACCUCUUCAGCAAUGACGGCAACAAGGAUCCCUUCAAUUCGUUCCUCUGUAGCGACUGCGACCGCUCCUCCUCCUUCUUCUUACAUGACAGACCGAGGUGCCAGUCGAGACAGCAUGAUGACACCGGAACCCACCAUUGCUGCCCGAGCUCGACGACUAAAUCUAUUUGCACCUGCUUCAACCCCACAUCGCUCCUUUGCCUCUUUCAGCGCUUCAUAUGCCCCAUCUGCCACCAGCACUACCCCUCGCAGCGUUACACCUUCUUCCUCUUCUACUGCGACUACAGCGAAAAGGUCGAGCCGACCUCCGCCAGCUAAAUACAACGCGCCAGGAUCGAUGGCGACAUCUACGACACGACCACUCAACAUCAGCAAACGAAAUUCUUCGCUGUCCAUGGGCACCUCUGCCGCUCCUCCACCCACCUCGUCUGGUCGUUCGACGCCCCUAUCGGCAGCCUCCUUGGCUGACUCACAGAGAAGACUUUCGUCGUUGGCCGGAUCCUCGCCUCAAGUCACGAACCGGUCAAGUGGCAUCCGGGGAGGUGCGAUGAUGAGUAGCUCCACUUCCUCCUCCGUUGCAAACUUUAGAGCUUCUCGGGCGGCCGCCGCAGGGAACCAGGGCAAUGCUUCGACAUUUGCAGGCGAUGCUUUUCGAUUUCCGACUUCGAGGCAAGGAGCACACAGCAUCAUCAGUGGUGGUGGCCCACCCUCUGCUUCCUCUCGGACGGCUUCGGGUAUCCCAUAUGCUCAGAGCGCGACUUCGGGCAGAGUCACGCCCACGUUUAGUGAUUCAGGUGCCAGCGCGAUCUGGGGCAGAGGUACAGGUCGGGCAGCCUUGCAACGGAGCAGGCCUUACCGGCCAAAGGAUCGCAACGACCCUUUGGAUGCCGAGGUGGCACACAUUGUCAACCAGCUCGGGGUCCAGACGGAGCGGGUGGAUGGGCAGCCGGCGGGAGGACCCAACAGGAUGGUCAGGUACGACAUUGGUGGAAGGGUCAUUGUCUGUAAAUUACUCGAGCUGCACCGACCCUCGGGCAUGGUCGGAGGGCAGCAGCAGGAGAAGGCGAGAAAGGUGCUCACGAGAGUCGGGGGCGGCUGGAUCGACCUCGAGCAAUAUGUUCUUUCGAGAAUGGGAAGCAUGUAGAUUUCAAACGCAUACACACUCAAACCAUCACAGAUCACCCACGACUUCCUCAGCAUGUUCCCAUCGCUUCUUUCCAUUCAUG